AUGUUUUUCUAUGUGGCUGCAAAAUUUUUGUUUUUGCUGAGUACUGAAAGAGCAUCGUCGUCCUCCGCAGAAAAUGGUGCAAGAGACACUAUCGCUCAGUUGAACCAAACUAUUCAAACAAACCAGAAGUCAGUUGAUGGCACUACAUAUGUAAGAUGGGGGAGAACAACAUGCCCAGAGACAGCAUAUCAAGUUUACACUGGGUAUGCAGCAGGGUCUAGUUUCUCUCAUAGUGGAACCGCUGUCGACCCUUUGUGUCUACCAAAGAAUCCUAUAUACGACAAAUAUACUCCAGGAGUUUAUGAUGGUGUUAUUUACGGUGCAGUGUAUGAAACAUUCCUCCAUUCAGCAUGGAAACAUUUAAAUAACCAAGACAUUCCGUGUUCAGUGUGUAGAAUACCAAGGAAUAACUUGUUGAUGGUACCAGGACGAAAUAUCUGCCACGAAUAUUACAAACUGGAAUACAAGAGCUAUCUAAUGUCAAGCCAUCACAAGCAUGUAUCACCAUCUCAAUUUAUCUGUAUUGAUGAUGAGCCUGAAGUGUUACCUGGUGGUUAUGCUAAUCAUGAUGGCAAAUUAUUCUACUUCGUUAGUGGCAGUUGCGGAUCUCUCAAAUGUCCGCCAUAUAGAGAGGGUUUGCAGCUCACCUGUGCUGUUUGUUCAUAUUCAUUUAAUGCAAAGUCUUCAAAUAUCCAGCCAUAUAAGUAA